AUGGCCUCCGUCGCGUUCACUCUUCUAACGGCGCUUGUCAGCCGGGCUUCGGCCAAGACCGUCAAGACGCCGACGCCUCAGAUGGGUUGGAACAGUUACAACUACUACAACUGCUACCCGAACGAGACGAUCAUCAAGGAGAACGCUCACGCCGUCGUGGACACCGGUCUCGCGGAGGCCGGGUACUCUACCGUCACGACGGAUUGCGGUUGGCCGGCCAAGGACCGUGAUGCCAAUGGAGAGCUUGUGUGGAACCCGGCCCUCUUCCCGUCCGGAGGCGCUAAGGAACUCGGCGACUACCUCCACAACCUCGGCCUCAAGUUCGGCGUCUACUCCGGCGGAGGAUACUUCCAAUGCGGAUCCACUGAUCAGCCUGCCUCGCUGGACCAUGAGUUCACCGAUGCGAAGUCCUUUGCUGCUUGGGGCGCGGAUAUCCUCAAAUACGACAACUGCUACCCCAUUGACCCUACGGUGAUGGUCGACUACGUCUCUGAGGAGGCCAUCUCCCCGGACCGCUUCGUGACGAUGGCUGAGGCGAUGAACACCACCGACCGAGACAUGGUCUACCAAGUUUGCCAAUGGGGAACAGGAACCGACCUGGGUGUUUGGGUUCCCAAGAUUGGAAACAGCUGGAGAAUCAGCAACGACAUCUACAACAGCUGGCGCAGCAUCUGGCGCAUCACGAACCAAGUCGUCCCCUUCUACAAGUACACCGGCCCUGGUGCCUUCCCCGACAUGGACAUGUUGAUCGUCGGGCUCAACGCCUUGUCUGUUGAAGAGGAAAGGUUUCACAUGGGCAUGUGGAGUAUUAACAAGUCGCCCCUCACUCUGGGCGCCCCGGCCAUCCCCGCCCUCGUGCCGGAGCACACCUUGUCCAUCGUCGCCAACAAGGAAGUAAUUGCAAUCAACCAGGAUCCGCUCGCCAAGCAGGCCCAGCUCGUCCGCCGCUUCACCGAGGAGGAGUGGGACGUCUGGGCCGGCGAGCUCUCUGGCGACCGCCUCGUCGUCGGCAUCGCGAACUGGAAGAACGACUCCCAGGCCGUCAGCUUCGACGUCGCCGACGUGCUGGGCGUGGCCUCGGCCAACGCCCGCGACGUCUGGGCUGCGAGUGACGUCGGCUCCAUCUCGGGGACUUACGAGACGACCCUCGUGGGCCACGAGCUCAGGCUGCUGGUGCUCUCAGACCUCUCCAGGGCGGAGCCGGUCCACAGCUCCACCGGGUAUUACACGGCCACAACGAACGGUACGCUGUCCGGAUCAGCGGCCGCGGUGGCUUGCGGCAGUGGUGGAUGUCUGCCCAGCGGGUCGAAGGUGGGCAACAUCGGGUCAGGGGCUGCGGUCAAGUUCGAAGGCGUCGAGGCCAAGAGCGAAGGCAAGAAGUUGCUUGGCGUUGACUUCAUCAAUUACGAUGUCGCCCUCGACACUGCCUGGGGAUUUGGUGCCAACGUUCGCAACAUGACUGUCUCUGUGAACGGCGGUACUGCUAAGCGGUGGGCAUUCCCCAUCUCUGGAGGCAACUGGUUCGACACAGGCCGCUUGUUGGUCGAGGUUGAUGGUUUCAAGGGUGACAGCUCCAACACCGUGGAGUUCAAGAACGUCGGCAGCGAAUGGGCUCCUGACUUGGUCGGCUUCGAGGUCUUCGAGUCCGUCUAA